GAAGCAAAUCGGCGAGGAAGCGACGUCACCAGCGCGGCACGGAGCGAGACGGGAGACAGAGGAAGUAGAAAAGAAGCAGCAGCAUCAACACUGUUUUGGAGGCAGUGUACCUAAGGACUUACAUGGAUGACAGACCGGCCAGGGAAGACGAGCAGGAUGACGGGGAGGGGAUGGACGUGCUGGAGGAGGAUGACAUGGCCCUGCUAGACCUUCACCCGCCCCUGGACCUGGCGCUGGUAGAGGAAAGGGUGGCGGAGGUGCUGCAGCAGGACGAAGUUGAUGUUGAUUAUGAGGAGUAUGAGGAGCAGGACUCAGACCAGAGUGAGGAGAGCGACGGGGAUGGCACCGGUGAGAUGUACGACACCACCCUUCCUUCCCGACAUGUGUACCUUGGUGAGACAGAAGAGCUUCGAGGCCGCACUGUGCAGGAAGAGAAUGACUAUGUCAGCCUACCACUGCUGCAGCACAUCUCCCUCAUGAACCUGGUGCUGGUGCCCACCCAGACCCUGCCCCUCUCCAUCUCUCAGUCGGUCCAGGUGUCCAUGCUUCGUUCAGUGAUACUCAAGGAUGGCACUUUUGGCAUUGUUCAUUCAAAGCCCACACAGGAUGGCAGGCCAGGGCUGGCAAAGUACGGCACAACUGCGGAAAUAUACGAAUAUCAAGAAGAAGAUUACAGUCAAACCAUGUCAAUCAAGGCUAAAGGUCGACAAAGAUUUAAAGUUAUUUCAACGCACAGAGAAAUCACUGGGUUGACUGUAGCAAAGGUGCAAAUCUUGCCAGAGAUCCAGAUGGGCAACCCCUUUGAGAUGAUGCGCCUGCAGUCCCUUGAUAAACUGACACUCCCCAGCCCGGAGGACACCACCUCUCAAGCAGCAUGCAAGAGAGAUCUCAACUCUGUUCGAACGCCAAACUCCUGGCGAGUGCGGAGAAGAAAUGCCUGGCUCACCUCUUGGCCGCUGUGGGUGUAUAAUCAGUAUGACGACCUCUUGUUGGUGCAGAGAGUGGUCAAUGAACUCAUGAACAUCACCAUGAUCAAGCCUGCAGCUGUCAAGCUGCCUCGUGACCCACAAGAUCUUUCUCACUGGGCAGCCAUCAACCUCCCUCUUGACAACUCCCACCGGCUCUCUCUCCUCAGCCUUAACACUCCCACACAGCGCCUCAAAUACAUCCUCUCAGUCCUCACCAAGUGUAAGAAGCUGACAUGUGUCCAGUGUGGCAGUGUCAUUGCUGACUUUGCUGACAUCUUCUCUAUGUCAGUUGAAGGACCUCAGGGAACCUUUGUAAAUCCUGGAGGUUAUGUACACGAGAUGCUCACCCUCACCAAGGCCACCAACCUCACCUACUACUCCCGGCCCUCCACUGAACACUCAUGGUUCCCAGGGUAUGCCUGGACCAUUGCCUCCUGCUCAUCUUGCCACAGCCACAUUGGCUGGAAGUUCACAGCUGACAAGCACAAGCUCAAGCCACAGAAAUUCUAUGGUCUCACCCGUAAGUCCAUGCAGGCUAAGCUGAUAGAUGAUGGUGAUGAGGAGGAACCCCAACACAUUAUAUAGCUCUUGUGAUAUAUAACCUCCCUCAUGUAUAAGCAAUAUUAAGUAAGUCGUAUUUAUUGAAAAAAUAAAACCUAUUACCCGAGAGAGUUCAGUAUAGACUGACUAAAAUCAUGCUAAUGAUAAACAUAUGUGUAGAAAAGCUACCCUCUCAUAGAAAUACUGCAUAUUAUUUGAACUACUAAGAGUAAACAUAGGGAUCAUGUGUACUCUAUAUAGUCAACUGGAUUGUGAUGUUAUCCAUACACUUCUGUGAUUUUGUCAUCUCAAGGGAUACCAGAAAAUUGUCUCCACUACAGAAAACCUGUUUUUGCAUUUUUGUAGACCAAUCCUAACAUAAUGGAAUCAGAGUGGGAAUCUCAUUGCUCACAGGCACAUGAUACAGUACUGCAUCAUUGAAGGGGCCCCUUCCCUCAUUACUCUUGCUGGGUCUAAGCUGAGCAUUGCCAGGCAGCCUGCAGCCAUGACCCUACAAACUAGCUUUCAUAAACAUAUAUUCCUACCUCUGAGUCUAUGCACACGAUCUAUUAGCAUUUGCAUAAUACUUCUGCAUGUGUGCCUUCAAGUAAUAAACCUUAGUAUUUCAGACUUAUCUCAAAAACCCACAUAUCUUCAUCUGGUUGUCAGUCAUUCUCCUUCACUUCCUGACUGAUGACUUCCAGACAGGUGAAUGUGCUCAGCCAAGCUGUCACACAGCUGUAUCCAUCUGAACCUUAUACCUGAAAUCUGUUUGAAGAGCACUUUUGAUGUGGCUUAUCAUUGCAUAUCAAGAUGGGGAUCACAAAUAAACUUGGAGAACACUAAAAUAGAAAAAUAGAAAGGGAAUUGUCUCGUUGAUGGUUAGUAAGCUUUCCUAUUAGUAAACUCAGUGGGAGUUUCAGAUGCAAAUUUCACAUGGAAGAAGAUAUAAAGCUUGAUUUAAAGCCGUGGAUCCUACCUGAUAUGUCCUUUGCUUUCUGAAUUCUUUCUCAGAACUUCCAUCAUCUCCCAAGUGACUAUCCAUCCUGUCUUUUGUACUUUCCAAGUCAGAAGGGUUAGGGAAAUCUUAGACAGACAUGGUCAGAUUACUGAUACAUUAAUUCCCAAGCCUAUUAUUCAACUAAUCACCUGAUGGAAAAUGUCUUUCAGCUGCAUUGUCUGUGUCUGUACAGGAAUGGCUUCAUGGGUUACUUAAUCACAUGAAGUUUGUAAGAUAAAUUCUUUUGCAGGAAGUGUUGGCUUGGUAUGUAGAGAAAUAUGUGAUGAUUCUGCAAGAUAGAUCAAUAUUUUUUGUCCAUCUGUAUGUGUACAAGAUAACAUCCACAUUACAGAAGACUGGCCAGGAUGAGGCACCAGUGCAUCUAUUUGGUAUUUCCUCUUGGUCUCUUUCAGGGAAGAGAAAAGAAAAUAGGAGAAAGGGAGAGAAUAUGAAUUGAUAAAAUUUGGUCAGCUUUGCCAGAUAUGAAGGCAAAGCAAGGGAGAUGAAUACUUAGUGCAAGACCUACUUCAGAGUGAUGCAGUGUUGUGUUGUCAGCUUAUGGCACACCAAACAGAUUACAGUAUACAUACUGUAUUUUACUAAACCCACGCUGUAAAAUUGAAGAUACCAAAUCUAUUUUUGUAAUUCAUAAUGAGUAUUUAUUUUACUCAUAAAAUUAUUAAGUUUUCAUCAUACAAAAAUUAACACAAGGUAAAUGGAGUGAAACCACUGAUCUCUUAGGAAGACAAGUAAUGUCUGUGGCUACUCAGACACUGUGACCCUGACGUCCUGUAGUGGACAUCCUGGCUCCUGCUGUUGUUUUGCUGUCAAUUGCCACUGGCACACAAAAGUAAUCACAUACUACUUGCUUGGAAUAGUCACCAAUAAGCCACACUAUUUACUGUACAUGGUAUAUAGGCAUGUUAUAUGUUAUAUACAUACAUUAAACAUACAUUAUAGACAUCCUACAUGAUUUUGUUGUGUUUUAUGCAACAUUUUAUGUUCUCUUAUUCAAACUUUUCCCCGUUGUUUAAUAUGAAAAUGGUACUUUUAUAUUAAAUUUGAAUUUUAGAACUAUUAUGGAUGUAUAUUAAUUAAGAACUUUGUCCUGAAUAACCUCUGUUGUAUAAGAAUUGGUCACAUUACACAUUAUAGUAGUGGAUAAUUUAUGUUAAACCAUUUAAAGAGUGUUAAAAAUACUUACUUUCCAUUAAAUUAUUGUUAUAUUACUACUUAUAUUGGUUACAUCUCAAGAUAUAAGAAAGGCAAGCAAAGCAUUACCCUUUCAAAUUUUAUAAUACUGAACUGUGAACCUAGAACAUGUAAAUGUAGAAAAAUUACAAGCAAUGCUAUAGUGACAUUUUGUAUUCUGUGAAAGUUAUUGGCAAUGCAAUUACUAAUGCUCUUCAAUAUGCCGAUAAGAAAAAAAAGAAAUUUUAGAAGAUGAGAAGCAAAAUAAUCAAGACACAAAAAAUCAGUUCCAGUUCCAAUAGAGAUCAGUGGAUGAAACAUUACUGAAGCAAAUGCUCUUUUUCAUGGUCUCUUCUUAGUUAAGGCAAAAUGAGUAGUGCUAUGUAAGCUUUGCAAGUGAUUAGAGUGGAGCUCAUGAAUUAUCUUGUUUUUUAUCAUUUAAUAUACAUUUGUAUACCAAUGGAACCUUGAAUUGUGUGUCUGAAGGAUAGAAGUACAUUAGCUGUGGAGAGAAUGUAGAUUUACUACAUAACUGGAUGAUGAUUGUGUGUGGUGAAGAGUGAGGAGUGGAUGGGUUGGUGAAAUGUUGGGGGUGGCUGGAUUAAUAUGAGGUGUGGUAGUGAGACAUUGAUGAAGAAAUGAGGUGUGAAGGAUAAGGAUGAGUGGUUAUUUGAAAAGUGGCCUUGAGAAGUGGAUGGAUAAUUAAGUAGAGAAGUAAAAAGUGGAGUGGGAAGUGAGGCAUAGGAAUGCAUGGAUUAGGAAGUAAAGUGUUGAAGUGAGAAAUAGGUGGGAAGUGAAGUAUGAGCAAUGGUGGAUUUGUGGCAGUGAUGAGUGGAUAAUUAUUUGAGGUGUAGCUAUGGGGAAUGAAAUGGGAAAUGAUAUAUGGGUAAUUGAGUAUGGCAAUGAGUGGAUGAGGAAGUGAGCUCUGGUAGUGAAUGGAUUGGGAAGUGAUAAGUUGGAAUGAUGGAAGAUAAUGGCUGGAUGAACAGACUUGACUCAAUUGGUGCCUGUGCCUGACUGACUGACUGACUGGGCACACCAGUAUCAAAGUAUUGUGCUGUUGUCAGUGGGAUGGCUUCACAUCUGAAGUGUAAUCAGACCCAGUACUGAGGAGAGAGGUGUGUGAAGUGAGGCGUAGUGUUACAGAGUCAUAAGGCUGGCAGUAUGUGUGUGUGUGUGUGUGUGUGUGGACAAGGUGCAUGCUGCUUCACCCAGCGCUCUUUUACUUGUUGGUUUUCCAGUGUCUCUGUGCUCUGGGCCAGUGCAGGACAUGAGACAUGAUAGCCAUCGUUUACUUUUCUCACCCAUUGUAUGCACUUGAAGAAAAAAUAUAUAGUAUAUAUACAUGUA